CUCUUGAACAACGAACAAGUUUCGAGACACAAGUUUGAUCAACAUUCAACAGUUUUGUGAACUUUUUGCAGUUAACAGAUUUAGUUUAAACGAUUUCUGGAACUUAUUUGUUGAAAAGCUUAGUAAAAGUUAUAUUUUAAUGCACAAUAAACUUUAUGCCACGCGUAUGUGAAGAAAACAUUGGUGCUUUGUUUUGAAACGAUUGAAUGUUGUUUUUUUCUGGUGUAAAUAUAAAUAGUUCGUAAGUUUUGGCCGGUCCAUAUGUUGAAAUAAGAAUUCAUAUCAAAUCUACGGUUCUAACACAGUUGGUGACUCUAAUUUAAAAGUUUGUUAAUGUUUUCGAACAUAAACGUUCGGUGCACACUGCUCAUGCAAAUUAGUUUUUGAAAUUUAAAAUGUAUUUUACUUAUAAAUGAUGUUGGCACAGCCUAAAAAUAGAGUUCAAGCAAUUAAAUCUAAAUUUGAAAGCCUCAGUGUCGAAAACGAUGUGUUGAUCGUCGGGAAAAAAAGCGCCCAGCUGAACAAACAGACGAGUCUUACUCAUAAAACCCAAACAGAGGCGUGCAGACUCAUCAAGGAUCGCUUUGAAAAUGAACCAUUACUGCAAGAAGAUAAACACAACAAUGAAUGUGAUUCAUCGAACAUCGAGUGCUCUAUUGAACCCAACGCGAGCUAUCUGUAUAGCAUCAGUGACGUGAGGAAGAGCUUCAGCGACGGCAAGACCGCUCUGAGCCGCCAGAGCAGCGACCCCGGCAAAAAAUUACACAGAAGUCACGCCUUCAGGUGCGACCGAAGCAUCAAAAUCAACUCCAGCCCCAAACGUCACGGCAGCUGUAGUGGCAGAUCUGAAACUGGAGAUUUUACUCUAAAAAUGGGUGAAAAGAAACUUAGUAAAGAUAAAUUAAAACAGUUGGGCAACUUUCUUGAAAUUCAGAUGAAGAAAGAGAAUUUUAAACCAUCUAUAGAUCCUGUUUUUAUUGUUGGUGAAGUGCGGGAAGUGACAAGUGAUUCAGUUCCAGACUCUGCGGUCCCCAAACACAUUCUGGAUCAAUAUGCUAAAGUAACCAAGGCUAAGAAGGAGGAUAAAUUGGAUUCUAUGACUGACAGCGGAAUCAGCUCAGAAACAGAGAAUUUAGAAGAAAAUAAAUUGAAUAGAGUACAUAGAAGUGGGUCCAAAAUAGCACCUGUAGAAAAUGAAGCACAUCCAGAUAAUUCUAAGUUUUGUAAAACUAGUAUAUCAACAUCUUCACUGGAAAAUAGUGACAAUAUUAGUAACCCAGAAAUUCCCACUUCAGAUUUAGGAUCUAAAGGUGAUCUAUAUGCAUCAAGUGAAACGAUGCGUUUAGAAAGAAAGAAUCCUCAUCUGAAGCUUACCGAUACAUUGAAGAAAGCUUUGAAGCAGCCUCUUCCCCCAGGGCCGCCACCCGAAAAGCCCCCCAGGACAUUUGCAGCAGCUUCAAAUGAAUCGGAGAAACCAAAAAAAGAUGUCAAGAAAAUGUUAGAAAAGUUAGAGGAGGCUGUACAGAAACGUGAAGGGCGAAAAAAUAUUUACGACAUAGUAGAGGAGGAUGAUACGAAGAAAGAGGCACCAAAAUCUAAAGAAAUACAUUAUCUGUGUACAAAUAUUUUAGAUACCACAAGGACCCUGGCGCCAAUAAAUGACAACAUAAAGACACCAAUCUCAAAUUGCCUGAAUAAACUAAAUUGUGCCAUAGUUGCCAACUCGACGCUGAGUUUGCCAUACACAAAGCUAAGUAACGACACAAAUCCCUGUUGCUCCUGCAGCAAGGAGAACUUGAAUGACCAUAAAUGGUUGAGUACAUUCAAGGACCCUGAAAAGUGUGUGAAGUGCCAAGUCAAUGAAACAACUGUAGGGUUCAAGUGUCAUGUGAACUGUGCUUGUAAAGAGAGUAAAAAGUCUGAAUUUUAUGUGAAGGAUAGUGAUAUCCAUAUCUACGAUGAACCCUUUGAGGUGACUAAGACUGAUGGACAUUACGGUAUCCUGAAUUCCUGGAAAGCCGAAGGUGCUAGUCGCAGUAUGGAAGACUUGAAACCUACAGAAUCAGAGGACCAGAAGAUCUACGACGAACCAUGCAUCACGAGACACAGCGAACCUCCCAAAACGGACUUCCAGAAGCUGAUAGACAACUUCGAGAGGCCAAUCCAACCGAAGAACCUCAACGACAAGACCUGGAAGUCUUCCGAGAACGUCUGCGACGAUUACAAAGCCGCUAAGAAGGCUGUAGUCACCAUGUUCGCUACUGAGCCCAAGAGGUACAAAAAGAACGAGAAAUUGAGAGACCAGAAGAAGGAUUGCCAAGUCGACGUGGAUAGAGAGAACCUCAAUCGGCUGAUGUCGGAGAUCUACGAGACGGUGACGGCGGCUUGCAACAUGGCCGACAACAAGCCCGGCAGCUUCCCCACUGACGCCGCGGACACCACCAGCGAAGAAUCCGUGAGGCUGACGCGCAGUCUCACUGAGAAGCGCAAGAACUAUGUGCGGCGCGUCUCCUCUCGAGUCGCCUACCUGGAGCCCAGGGUCCGGAACCGGCGCUUCCGCCACGAGACCUCCGUCUGCUCCACCAAGUCCGAGUGCCUAGAGAACCCCUACUCCACCUUCCGCUCCUGGAAGAGCUUCCGCAACUCCCAGGGGAACCUAUCCAGGGACAAAAUGGAGCGAAGUGAAUCCACGGACUCAAAAUGCAAUUUGACGGAUUCGAGCGGGAAUCUGUUGUCUAUGGUCAACGAUAGCAUGGACAAUUUGAGCAUAGACGAGAAGACGGGGUGUGUUGAUAUCGAGCUGCCGUUUGAGCCGCGUGAGCGGGGACUGUUCAACGUGUGUCUACUGGUCGGCCUGAACUACUUCAAGGGACAGGCCUACGUCAAGAGCGUGUUCCCCAGCCAGGUGCGAGUCCCGCCGCACAUCGAGAGCCUGAUAUUCCCGGAGACGCUGAGCGGCGGCACGGGCGAGCUGGCGGGCAGCAGCGGCCAGUGCUACUCGCUCGUGCUGACCGACGAACGCGGCGAGAGAGCGUACGGGUAUUGCCGGCGCGUGUUGCCCGAAGGCGCUACGACCUGUCUUCCGCUAUGUUACUGCCUCAUAGGGAAGUACAGGGCACCUGGCUUUUAUUAUAAGAUAUUAAAGGAGAUAGAAUCUCAGCACGGCAACUCGGAGUUGGAAAUUAACGAUAUACUCCAGCAACUGUUCGAGACGGAUUUCCCGGCGCCCGGCGAGCAGAUCACGCUCACGUACCGGCCGUCCGGCGACCGGACCGCGUCCGUCACCGUCCGGCGGGGGACGGACGAGGAGGCUGAUGAGGAUGUGGAGAACAAUAACAGCCCCAAGUCGUAUGGCCCGAGGCGUGCCGUAAUCCGUCGCGGUAUCGAGCCGAGAGCGGACGAGCACAACGCGUCUGCGCUGCUCGACGCGUUGGGGGCGGGGCUGCUCGUCAAGGUGUUCGGCUCUCUACUGCUGGAGCGGAAAGUCGUUAUAGUCGGCGACCACCUCGGCAUGGUGUCGUCGUGUCUGGAGGCGCUGCAGGGCGCGCUGUACCCGUUCGUGUGGCAGCAGCCGCUGAUCUCCGCCAUCCCCGCGGCCAUACAGCGCGACGUCCUGGAGGCGCCGCUGCCCAUACUCGCCGGCAUGCUGCGCGCGCCCGCCCUGGACGCCAGCCAGCUGCUCUUCGAGGAGGGCAUGUUGAUUGAUCUCACGAACCCGAACAAGGUGCUAUUCUACCAAGGGGACGAAGCCACGAUCCUGCCGACGGCGAGCUACAAGACCCUCAAGACCUCGCUCCAGAUGGAGUCCAGCAAGAGCCGGGACAGACAGGAGGACGAGAGGACCAGGAAUGUGAUGAUCUACGAGGCCUUCCUCAGGUUCUUCGUGGAUAUCCUGGGUGAUUUCUGGAAGUUCUUCUCCGCGGGCGAAGUGACGGAGGGCGCUCUCGGCAAAAACGGUGUAGUGUUCGAUAAGGAGAACUUCGUUCGAAGCGCGAAGUCGAAGCAGGUGCAAUACUUCUUGGAGUGGUUCACGGAGACGGCGAUGUUUAACCACUUCAUACAGAACAUGGCCGUCAGCUACCGCCAGGAGGUGGGGGAAGCUCCCUUCGAGGAGGCGGGGCUGGUGGACACCCCCCUCCCCGACUUCUACGAGCUGUUCCACGAGCGAGUGAGAAGUAGGACCAAGUCCGAAAAUAAACUUAACGACUCCAAAGUGAACUACAAAAGUGCUGUCAAUAAAAAAGUGAAGCUACUAAAGACGAAACUCAGAGAUUUGGUCGCUUGAAGUGAUAAGUGAGUGAAAUGUUACUGUAAAGUGUUUAUGAUGAUUGAGUAUAGCAUGUUAUUUUAUUGUUGCUGAGAAUGUAUUGAACAUAGUUUAAAUAGCAUAGUGUAUAAUUUUAUGUAUAGGUGAUAUUAAUGGGUCUGCACGAUUAUGCUUUGCAAUUUUUGUAAUAAAUAACCAUUUUUUUAAAACAGUGUUUA